AUGUUGACCCCUACCUUGAUCCUCGCACUCUUGGUCACUACCUCUGUAGCCCAAAAUGACCCUCUCGCCGCCAUUGCUCAAGCACUGAACGCGAACGGUCUUACAGCGUUUGCUGGCCUGCUUCCAACUCUCAACCAGUCCGCAGUCGGUCAGAGACUUUUCCGUACCUUGCUGGCCGGAGGAAAGCUCAGUAUGUUCGUCCCCAACAACCAAGCUCUUUCACAAGUUCCUCAAGACGUCGCCAACAAUGCGGACCUCUUGUCCAACAUUGUGUCUUAUCAUGUCCUGCAAGGCAACUUCACUGAUCCCUCCCGCACCGUAACGAGCCAGAACUUACCCAACGUGACUAUUGGAAGGACCCUUCUCAAUGACUCUUCCUUUGUCCAGCUCGAAGGUAAUCGUAGUCAAGUCUUGGUCUGGGGAAAAGAAUCGAACGGGACCGUCCGAAUAUUGAACCAACCGAACAACACGACUGUGCAGAACGUUACCAUCUUUAAUGACUUGGGGAUUUACUCCAUCGACCAAGUUCUUACCCCUCCGCCUUCGUUCUCUCAAGCGUUGGUAGCUGGCAAUACCGCAAGUCCCGGUCUGUCGACCGAUGCAGCCCUUGCUUUGCUCAACAAUACUUCCAUCCCUGGACCCGAUGGCAACAAUGUGUCUUUCACAAACUAUCUCGACGGUCCUACUGUCAAAGGCUUCACAUUCUUCAUUCCAAAUAACGCGGCCUUGCAAGCUGCACAGCCGGCUCUUGCCUCAUUACAAGGCAACGCGUCUGCUGUUCGCGUGCUUUUGGGCAAUCAUAUCAUCAACGGCUCCACUUUAUAUUCCACCACAUUGACGAACUCUACAUCUGCAUCGGGAGAAACCUUGACGUUCUUCACCAAUUCGUCGGGCACGUAUGUAUCCAGUGGGAACCUCUCCACUGCAAGGAUUACUGCGACCAACGUUCUGACUAAGAAUGGAGUCGUGCAUGUUAUCGAACAAGUUCUUGUCAAUACGCAAGAAAAUCCCGCCGCAGCCUCGUCCGCUUAUAAUCAGGCUACCUCUACUGCUCCACAGACCGCCGCCGAAACUGGUCCAGUUUCGUCCCCCACUUCUACUAGUGCAGGAAACAACAGCAAUACGGGCAGUACAAACGGGGCUUCAUCGACCUUCAAGAAUGCUCUUUACUCCGUGGUUGUGAUCGUUGGUAACAUUGUUGGCGCCGCCUUUAUCAUGUAA